AUGGCCAGCAGACGUGGGUUGAUGCAAGCCCUGAAGGAAAGUGGGACCUCAAAGGUUGUUCGAUACCUUGCGGCUGAUCAAACUGUUCCCUCUGUUGAAAAAGCAGUCCUCGUUUAUGGAUCGGAAGUUCCAAAAGCAAGGAGUUCUUUCAAUGUGCCUAGGGUUGUUAAAUGUGGAAACAGGUGUGCCCAUUUUGCCUUUACAGUUCCUGAGAAGAGAGAAAACUACAGGGUGCUGAUGCAAUCAGAUAGGGCACUGGAGGAGUUGGCAUUGUGUAGAGACGACGAAUUAAAGGAAUAUUGCCAAGGUAGUAAGCUAUAUGUUGAUGAAGAGCGGCAAAUAUUUCCAUAUGCCCUGGCUUAUGCAGGGUUUCAGUUUGGACAGUUCGCUGGCCAGCUUGGUGACGGGCGCGUCGCAAAUCUUUUCGACAUAAAAGAUCGCAAUGGGAACUACCAAACGUUACAAAUAAAAGGCAGUGGCCUGACACCAUUUUCAAGGUUUGCAGAUGGGAAGGCGAUAUUGUCGGCUAGCAUUCGUGAGUACGUAAUUUCUGAAACUUUAAAUGCGGUUGGAAUUCCGAGCACAAGAGCGGUUCAGUUGACUUUAUUGCCUGGCACAAAGGCCAGGAGAACAAUUUAUGAGCCAUGCGCGUCAGUUACUCGGUUUUCGCCCUCGUGGAUUCGGAUUGGGAAUUUUGAUUUAUUCAGAUGGAGGGGAGAUGACAAUGGCAUGCUUCGUCUGGCAGAUUUCUGUAUAAAUGAAGUUUUUGACGGUGGGAGAAUGUUCCCAAAGGAACUUCCAAUCGAUGCAUUUGUUGAGGACUUGUUCCCAGAUCCCGAAGAGAAGAACCAGGCUCCUGUGGAGCCUACUUCUAAUCAUUCUGAGGGGCUGAAUGGAUCCAGUACUGUAUAUGAGCAUUUUUACAGGCACGUGGUUAACUUGAAUGCUGAAUGUGUUGCCUAUUGGCAGGCAUAUGGAUUCUGUAACGGUGUGUUGAACACAGAUAAUGUCUCUAUCAUGGGUUUAUCGAUGGAUUUUGGGCCCUUUGCGUUUAUGGAUAAAUUCAAGCCUAACUAUACUCCAAAUCACGAUGACAUCGAGCGCCGGUACGCUUACGCAAAUCAACCCCAGGUGAUGUGGUGGAACCUAACGAAGCUUGGUGAAGCCUUGAUACUAUUACUGGGUGCUGGAAGUAAACAUAUUGAAGCUAUCAAGGCAUUGAAAUCAAGAGCUGAGCUCACAGAUUCCGUAGUGGAGGAUAUUUCUGCGCGAGCAAGUGCAGUUAUAAGGAACGCUGGUAACGAGUUCAAAUUUCGCUUUACCCUAAAAUAUGUGGAAUUAAUGGCGAAACGUCUCGGUAUCGAAAUGGAGUUCCCUGAGAUGAAGACUGAAAAUCUUGAUAUUAUAACCGAAAAGGCGUCCGAUUUUAUUGAAAGGGUACUGAAGCCUUUUCUUUCGAUUCUUCAAGAAACUGAAGUUGAUUACAACAAUAGUUUUGUAAGCUUGCAAAACUACAAAGGUCCAUUCGUUGACGAAGCUAACGGUAUUGAAGGGCUUGACGAAGAAUUCGUUGCCAUAUUCUUCAAUGAAAAACAAAGGGAGAGUCUGAAGAAUAAUAAGCGUAUCGGUGUUGACGAUGGGGGAGAGUCCGUGAAGUUAUUUGAAACGUUGGAGUCAUUAAAGAAAUGGACACUGGUUUACUAUACACUAGUUCAGGAUUACAGCGCAAGACUAGAUAUUCAGCGAGCCGUAAACCCGCUCUUUUUACCAAGAAAUUACAUUUUCGACGAGGUUAUUGACAAACUAAGCGACCAGAGAGAAGCUAUAUCAGAUCCUAACAGCGAAUUAGACAUAAGCGCGCUAGAAAAAUUAUUCCACAUAAGCACUAACCCAUAUGAAGCGUCUCUAUGGCCUCAGGUUCUAGAGGACUCUACAAUCGAAAGAUGGACGGAAGGUACAACAAAUAUGAAUGAUGGGGAUUGUAUGACUCAAUGUGGCUGUUCUAGUUAA